AAAUGCCCAAUUGAAGAAGCCUUUGACAAAUGUUAUGCUGGGCAAAACGGCGAAGGAAAAACUAGAUUUCUUCGGUGUGCUGAGACACUUCAUGUUCAAAGAUUACAGAAAAGGAAAGACUUGGAAUCUCUUUCUUCCUUACUAAAUAUCAAUGACCAGAACUUCAAAAAAUGUGUGUUCAGAGCCAUUCAGGAAUCAUUGUUAGAGAUGACCCUGGAUGAAACAAAAGUGGAUAUCAUUGACAGGUGCUUGGUCUAUGUUAUACAGCAUUUAAAGGACUCGGAGGACGAAGACACACUUCAGACACACAUUGUUACCAUUGACACAGUGAUUAGGUGCUGUGCUGCAUCCGCCAUACUUUACUGCGCUUAUAAAAAAACAAAGAAAGAUUCUUUUAGCAAAAUUAGCAAAAGCGUUUCAUCAAUAAAUAAAAUCUGGACUAAGGCAGUGUCUAGAAAAGGUGUGAAAACAGAAGAUCCAGUAUGCUAUCAAUUGCUUAAAGGCGCAAUGUCUCUUGUUGCGACCCUCAAUAAACUCAAAUUUGGAAUACAAUUUGAGGAUCUCUUCAAAUGUGUAGAUGCCAGUUUCUCUAAUUAUCGAAACAUGACAAGGUUGUGUCAGACAUUGCGCAGAAAGGAUGUAUUACAGAGCAAUUGGUUGUUACGUUUGGAAUUUUGUCAAAGAUGUCAGCAAACCCUCCAGAUAUGUGUAAAAGGUUUAUACAGUUCAUAGGACCAAUUGUCAUACGGAAAGGACAGAGAACUCUGCUACGUUUAGAUGGAGAUUUCCAGCAUCUAGGAUAUCUAAUUGUUUGUGGAGUUGCCUAUAUCUAUAGGAAAUUUCCUCAAAUGCAAUCGGCCGAUCUUCAAAAAAUAAUUGAAGAUGUUGUUUUCUUGUUAAGAAACAACCAUUUGAAAAUUCCGGACGAAAUGACAGAUCUGAUUUUGUCUUUGAAUGCCGCCAUCGCUCAACCACUGAUCCUCUGUCUUAAUCUAUCGGAGGAAAACAUGCUGCAUUUAGCUGAAGACUACGCUGAAAAAGUGCUUCCAGGUUUAGUUAUCUACAACACUAACCGAAAACAUCUCCAAAAACUAUCAGAUCAUUCUCACUGGAUGCUAUCCGCUGGUCGCUUUUUUUCACACAGCAUAAGAAUAGGCAUUCUUAUACCAGGAAUUGCAAAUAGUCAAUUUAAAACUAACAAAUCUGUGGAUGAUAGCAAGAGAAUAGAAAACGAGUUCGACAUUUUGUUGAAAUUACAGAAUAGAGAAACUCAUUUAAAUAUUGUCCGAAUGCUAGCAUUUAACCCCUUACGGAGCCGGUUACAUUUUCACGUAAUUGAGCAUUACUCUACAUCACUUAUUGACAAAGUCAUUGAAUCAAGAUUGCGCCAAGAGUUUCUUCCAGAGGACUGGAUGAACAGUCGCCUUUUAGAUGUUGCUUGUGGACUGAAUUUUCUUCACCAGAGAAGCAUAAUACACAGAGAUAUUACUUUGAACUCAUUUUCUCUAAAAUCCAUUUCGCCUUACCAUGAAAUAGCUGUUCUCUCUAACUUAGAGAUGGCUUGUUCUAGUAGUAACGAAGCAUCAACAAUCGUUGGCCAAAUUGCAGAUGUUUAUGGAGAAAAUAUCGCCACAAGGUGGUCAGCCCCCGAAUCUCUAUGGGACUGCACCUUUGACGCCGACACGGACUCCUGGAUGUAUGGUCACUUCACUCGUUCCCUGUUUACUUAUGGAUGCGAGCCUUAUACAGAACUAUACAGCGAGACAACAGCUGAAAUCAUGGCAAAGGUUGUAGCUUGUGGAUUGAAGCCUUACAAAUGGCAAUGUAUCCCUUUGUCCUAUCACAAACUAGCCGCAAGCUGUCUUCAGUUUGAGAAAGAAAAAAGACCAAGCAUGCAGAUGAUUAUACAACAGUUAGAACAGCUGAAACAAGACCAACUGAAAAAAGGAUGUUAUGAAUAUAAAAGAUUGCCAAAGAUAUCCAAUAAACAGGAAGAAAGAAGACAUGAACCCAAAAGGGGAAUUCCUGAAACGAUUAAGAAGAUGAAAAGCUGCCCUGGAUGUAAGAGAGAUACUUAUAUCGAAAUCAAGAAACGUAUACCACAGAGUCCUAACCCAGACUAUGCUCCUCUGAUUUUUGAUCUAAAGGACACCAAAGCCUCCAACGAACCAGUUAUCAGCGAAAAGAGAUUCGGAUUACACGUGAAGGAGAAGUUGACGGUGGAAUUUCACAACAAAAUACUUCCUCAAAUGAGUGAAGACUUUGCUGAGAAAAUGGGCAUCUGUGAAUGGCCGCCGGAAAAACGAGUAAAACAUUGUAGUUCUGCAAAUGACGAAGUAGAUAUUACAUUGUAUUACAGAGUUCCAACAGCAAGAAACAUUUUGGACUUCUCCAAACAGUUGAGUGAUUAUCAAGUAAACGGCAUUGACAUCGAUGUCAUUUUUAAUAUUACCAGACUCGUAGAGAAAAUGCACGAAAAACGUUGGAUAAUGGUGGACCUAGUUGGAAAGAAUAUUUAUAUUCAGGAUAGCAACAAUUAUAAGGUGUGUCAAUUACGUAUUGGGCGUAUGGUGAGACUGCCAACUCAUGAAGACAGUGUGCUGUUGGAAAAUUAUGAAUUUCACGAUAUAAUGCAUUGGUUACCAAUAGAAGUAAUAAGACACGGCGAACUUUCUACCGGAAGUGACGUAUAUACUUUGGCGAUGUUAUUUUACGAGUUUUAUAUGGCUUUAUCUGGAACAAAACGUCUGCAAUGUCGACCAUUUUCUAAGAUGCACCCAUCACGAAUUUUAAGUCAUUUACAAGACGGUAACAUCCCUGAUCUACCAGAGAGGUGCCCGGAAUGGUUGUAUGACAAAGUGAUGAAACCAUGUUGGGAUCAAGACAGAACAUGUCGUCCAACGGCGACGGAAAUUUUGUCAAUCAUCGCAGAAAAUAGACCUGGGGGAGAAAAUUAUGAAAAUCAACCAAUAAUCUCGGGUAUACCAAAAGGGACGUUUGGCAGCUUUAACAGUGAUAGUCUUGAAAAUCAACCUGAAACCUUGGACUCACCUACGGUUUAUAACAGUUUUAAUCUUAAAACAAAACUAGAAGAUGUCAAAUCCAAUUCCACUGCAGCGAAUGAUUACAGUGAUGAGGAGUAUUGUGAAGUAACAUCCACUGAAAAACGGUCGUCUCCUUGGGACGACACUAUGGAAGAAGAGCAAUGUGGAGCAAGUAGAUACGUAAACAUCCCUGACAAAAAGACAAAAGGAUAUGAGCGGUGUUUUUCAACAGGAGGUAUAGCCUGCGGCGAAACUAAAAAUCCCAAUCAAACUUAUCAGGAGUUGUUAGUAAAAGAUGACACAACCAAACCAAAGAAUAGAAGAAAACCACAGAAUGGUAUGAUUGAAGUACCAAACUACGAGUUAUUUGCCAAAGAAGGCAACGAUGCGGAAACAGAAGAAAACGCUCCACCAGAAGUACCUAAGUAUGAAAAUGCUGCUGCCGGUUUUUCGAACAUAAGCAUUGGACGUCCCUUUCCUUUUAAGACAAAGCAUUAGACAGAUGGCCAUCCACAAAGAAAAUCCCCUUUUACAAAGUGAUUUACGCGAUCCUUCAAGUCAUAUGUAUAGAAAAUUAUCCCUUUCAAAGUUGAUCAUUUUCAUUUAUAAGUGUUUGCAACUUCCGCAUAUUCAAACCAUUUACAAAUAUUUAAUAUCCAGAAAGCCACUAAAACCAAUGAAAAUAUUUCUGAUGAAGUAUCAAACUAAGAAGUAAGAUAUAAACUGGUGUACUAAGUAUAACUCUUUGAAUGAUAUCAAAGGUUAUUCAAAUAACUGUACCAUAUUUCUUACAAUAGAAUUAUUUUCUGUGUUAAAUCGAAUCAUAUCCAAAAGUCAAGUUGUUUCAUAACUAAAUAGUGCUAAUUGUGUAGUUUACUUACGUUUGAACAUGGUUAGUGUCCAGUAUACUAGUACAUGACGUGUCUACAAAAUCAUGUCAGAAAAGGUCUUAAAAAUGAGAAGAGACUGUAGUGUUAUAUAUCAUUGCUGAAUAGCAGGAGUUUUUUUUCUAAAAAAUAUUGUGAAACAUUUUUGUUGCCAAUACACGACCUUAACUUGAUCCUCUUUCGUUUCAUUAAAAAUAUGAUGUUACUCUGGUGGCUUUUCCAACGAAUAUGCUUGGGAAUGAUUUCAAGGGUGUCCAAAAUAAGCAAUAUUAUUCUAUGGUGUGGUAGAUUAAUAAAAAACUAAGAAAAGCGAAUUUAUUUGUUCGUAUAUUUCAUCUUUGAAUGGACCAAAUGUUAGAGGACGUAAAAUUUAGGUCGCAAUUUUUUUGCUAACUUUAAUAAAUGUCAUGCAAUUGCAAAUGCUAUCUAAACAAACACAGUGAACAAUUUUGAAAGUUAAGAUUGUGCUUUGCCAAUUUCAUAUACAUGUAUUUUAUUAAGAUAGUUGGACAUGCAAUCGCAUAACAUAUAGCGUUAUCGGCUCUGAUUAAUCAACAGUUUAUGAAACCCAAAAUGAUUCAUGGUAUUAAACCAUCUAAUACUCUGACAUUGUUGCUUUAUCUUAAACAUAUCUAGCUGUUCAAAACAUAUUGUUAAGAAACCAUGUCCAGUUUAAUGAACUAUGUAAAAGCUUCAUCUUAAAAGAACGAACUAAGAAACAUCAAGCAACAUAUUACAGUUAUGUAGCAACAAAUGUAAGGAUAUCCAUCUCACGACUGAUAUUUUAAGAAUAUUAAAAGAAUUCAUAUAUUCCUUCUAUCAAAAAUGAGGAAUCUGCGCGAACUAUUCAUCGAAAUGUUUGCACUGUCUUCAUCUUCAGUUUCUUUAUAAUAUGUAAAAAAUCAGAAAUAUUUUAAUAUUGGAAGCAUAAAAAAUCAAAAUAUCUUCAAAAUUUAAGAAAAUGAGAGAAAAUGCCGGCAAAGCAAAAUCAAUUUUAGUUUAAAUAUCUAUUCCAAUUUCGUAGAAUAAGCUAGCAGACAUUCCAUUUUCGAUCAUUUAAUUGAAGAAUAAAAACUUCCUGUCUUAAACAGAUGUCUACAUACGUGUAACUGCAGAUAACUACAUUUAUUUUAUAAUCCUUUUAGUUAAGGGAAUUAGUAGUUACCUUGAAUCGACAUUUAUGCAUUAACAAGAAGGUCAAAUUUGAUUACACUUAAAGAAUCAUUAGGUUAUGUGAUCUCUUUAGGAAUAGUUGGUUUACAAUAUCUACCUGUUUAGAAAAAAUAGUGAAUGUACACCCACCUAUUCUUAAUCUUGAUAGCUGUGAUGUUUAAUGCUUUUCAAGGGAAACUUAAUAACUGUAGAAAUAAAGUUAGCAGAUGAGAUUUUUUUUAUUUAGCUUAAACCUCAAAUUCUUAUGGGAGUUUCUAAAGAUGUCAAGUUUAGUAUUGUUUUACCUUUUUGUCUUCAUUAAAAACUGAUACUAAAAGUGCAUUAUUAUAUGUGGUGUUUGAUUCCAUACUUAUAAGUCUGAUAUAGUAUUUAAACAUGUUUUCAAAACAUAUAUAGUAAAGUGGAUAAGAACCUUGUUCAGCAUUGACUGCAAAAUUUGAUGCUUUUCAAAGUAUACAUAGAAUACAAAUGGAAAACAUUCUGAGGAUUUAUAUCUAAUAUAUGGUCUGUGAUCCAUAUUUCAGAUCCUCAUGUUAUAAUUGAUACAAUUUUUGAUGACUUAAAAUGUAAGGAUAUUAUUUCCAUGUAUACUUGAUUUUAUGCCCUUUUUGCUGAAAGUUGUUUAGAAGCAAAAUUAGGCUUUUCAUUUGAUGUAAAUACUAGUCCUUUAUAUUUGUAUUGAUAUGCUCUAAUUACAAUAUUAUGCUUAU